AUGACAAGCAAUUUCGAUUAUUCGGACAACGGUCCAAUGAGAUUCUCCCUGGACACGGAUAAUGCCCCCGUCAAGAAGCAAGUAUUUGAGCUGCUGUCAGCUCUGUGCAUGUACUCUGCGGAUGGGUACGCACGAGCUAUCGAUGCCUUGGGACAUUAUAAGGAGUCGAAGAACCAACGUUACCGUUUCGGCCUCAUCAUCGAUGAGCUACACGGCGCUGAGACGUCGUCGUACAAAACGACCCUGGUCGCCUUCAUCAACUGCAUCCUCAUCGCCACCGACAGCGUCGAAGACCGCAUCAGGAUACGCAACGAGUUCGUUGGUCUGAAGCUUCUGGAUAUUCUCACAAACUUAAGAAAAACGGAGUCCGAUGAUCUCGAUCUGGUCGUCCAGUUGGAUGUCUUCGACGACAAGAAGGUGGCAGACGAAGAGCAGUUCUCGGGACCUCGAGGAGUCGACCUCAACAACCAUAUCGAUGUCUUCCAUGCCCUCUUCAAACAGGUGUCUGAUACGCCGCAGUCAACCCCCUUCCUGACUAUCCUCCAGCAUCUCCUCCGGAUCGACCCGAAGGAAAGCCUUAGUGAGAUAAUCUGGGAGGUUUCCGAGAAACUUGUCCACAAGGCAGUUCUCCUGGAGAAGAAAGAAUACGCCGACAAGCUCGUGAAACUCGGCGAGCGUGAGAUUGCACGCUCGGUCGCCUCGCUACGAGGACGGGCCGACACCCUGGCAAGCACGCCCCGAGUGGAGAAUGGGAGAGACAUUCUAACCCCGCGAAGUGAGUUAGCGACUACCGCCCCUGGUAACGAUAACGGAACAACCGGUAACGCCUCUCGAAAGAUGGGCGUGGCAGAGGCAUCUUGUGUGUCGGAAUCGGUGCAGUCGCAUACGGAAUCGGACGGGAUACUGUUCUCGAAGCCAAGCUCGACCAUCAUGCCACCGUCAUCGUUAUCAAUCCCUUCCCCCAUCGUCCCACCUCCCCCUCCACCUCCACCACCACCACCACCAGGGAUGGGUGGGGGACCUCCACCACCUCCACCUCCACCUCCAGGACCGGGUGGUAUCCCACCCCCACCACCUCCACCACCAGGACCAGGGGGUCCACCACCCCCUCCUGGACCACCAGGGAUGCCUGGGGUAGCCUCUAUGCCAGCGAUGCCUUCUUCAUCAGCAAUACCCAAUGUGAAACCCAAAUCACGAAUGAGGACGUUAAAUUGGGUUAAGCUGCCUCCACGAAAAGUCAUGCAUGCCAACAACAGUAUUUGGAGCAAAGUCAAUAAGAUUGAAAACGGGUUUAACACAGACUGGGAUACGAUAGAAGAACUGUUUUGUCAACCAAACUUGAUGAAGCAGAAGAGGAAAGAAGGGAAAGAGAAAGAAAUCCAGAAGAAGCGCGAUUCACAAGAGAUCAAUCUUCUGGACAGUCGCAGGAGCCUCAACAUCAACAUCUUCCUCAAGCAGUUCAGGACGAGCAAUGACGUCAUCAUACGUCUGAUUGCAGAUGGUCACAGCAACGAGAUCGGCGCCGAGAAACUCAAAAGUCUUCUCAAGAUUCUGCCCGAGAAUGACGAGAUUGAAAUGCUGCGCUCAUUCGAUGGCGAUGCCGCGAAGCUUGGCCAGGGUGAAAAGUUUCUCAUCGCUCUCGUCGAAGUCUCUCAUUACAAGCUCCGAGUUGAGAGCAUGCUCCUUCGAGAGGAAUUCACCUCUAAUAUGGACUAUCUUAUGCCUUCCAUUGAGUCCAUCAUUGAAGCUAGUAAAGAACUCUUAAAGAGCACAUCACUGAAGGACAUACUUCACCUGGUCUUGUUAACCGGCAACUUCCUCAAUGCUGGAGGAUACGCUGGCAAUGCCGUGGGAUUCAAGAUGUCUUCCCUACUCAAGCUGGUAGAAACACGCUCCAACAAACCGCGGAUGAAUCUUCUCCACUACGUGGCUCAGUUGGCAGAGGAGAAGAACCCAGAGUUGGUUAAAUUCCCCGAUGAAUUGACACAUCUAGAAGACGCAUCAAGAUUCUCGAUAGAUCAGCUGAUUGCAGAUGUCAAGAGUCUUAAAGAGAAGGUUGCCAAUAUAGAUGAACAAGUCCAAACUGUCACAGAUUCAUACAAGGAACACAUGCAACAAUUUCUUAAGGGUGCAAUGGAAGAAUUAGAGGAUAUCAACUCAAUGUUGGAAUGCGUGGAGGAACAGAAGGGUAAGCUAGCCGAGUACUUCUGCGAGGAUGUGAGUACCUUCAAACUGGAGGAAUGUCUCCUGACAUUCAAGGUAUUCUGUGAGAAGUUCAAGAAAGCAAUAACGGAGAACGAAGCAAGAGUUGUCCAGGAGAAACGAGCAAAGCAACGCCAGAAGCAAAAUGAAGAAAAGAAGGCAGCAACCCUAAAGCGUAAGGAGAGCAUAAAGAAGACUCCCACGCGGUCCAUGAGUGCUCCAGCAGGCAAAGAAUCAAACUCUAUCGUUGACCGCCUCCUUGGAAACAUCCGUGAUGGUUUCACGGGAAAAAAUCAAGGCAUGGACACUGAUGGAACGACUACUGAUAGUGACUAUGGCAGCAGGCCGACCUCACCAGCACCCAAUGCAGAUACAAAGGCUUCCACCGAGGAUGUUUCGCCUGCUUCCUUUACGCGAACAUCCGUGGCACGACGGUCAUUCCAGAAGACGCCGAACCUGAACGCGAUUUCGGAGAACUCGUCCCAAACACGUGAUGACACUGAUAGUGGUUCAAAACGGUUAUCUUACGAAUCUAAGAGCGAUGAUCCUCUACUGAACUUGCUCAUGUCUGGCAACGAUGAUGAAACAUUGUCACAAAUAUCUUUCAAACGUGAAGGCAGUGUAAGACGCAGCGGUCGUAAGCGACGAACAUCUCAGUAUAGUGUAACUGGAAACCGCGAGCGAGCUGAGUCGCCAGCUGCUUAUGUUUCUGAACAAGAACCUGUAACAAAACCACACAAAUCAGAGCCAGAGAAUACCGGAGAUUCAAAACCAGAAACAUCAGAGGAAUACAAAGUACAGAAGAGUCCACAAAAGCGUAGUUACCGUUCCAAGACUUCCCUAGAUAGUCCAGAGACUUUGCUUGCAGUGAACAGUCUUGCAAGGCGAGAUAAGCUCAAAGACUUCAUCAACGAGGACAAUAGCGUUACGAGCCCUACCGAACCUAGAGACCAAACUAUAUACCGUAAUGUAAAAUCGCAUAAUGAAGUGACCCGCCCAGUAUCAUUUGGAAGCGAUGAUGGCAGCAUUAAUUCGGAGGUCGCCGAUGCUCUUUCCGAUAGAGCAGAGACCACACAAGUGUGUGAUCACAUUCACCGUGAAAGGAUAGCAAUGUAUGCUAAUAACACUAGUCUGAAUUCUUCAGAGUCCGAUAAAAGGCUUUCAGGUGAUUCAGGAACAUUUCAACCUAUCUCAGAUGACUCGACAGACAGUAAGCGCAACUCGCGAGCCGAUUCGGAAACGAACGAAUCAAAUGAUGACCAACUCAAUCUAGGGACAAUGGCAAAUAAGAUUGAAGCAAUGACUCUCAAUCUAGACAGUUUAGAAAAGCAUAAAACCACCGAGUCAGAAAAUCGCGAAAAAACAGUCGAAUCCAAAGAAGUUGAUGUAACGAUUAACGAUAGCAAGCCUGAAGGAAACCGGUUAUCUAACUGGAAUAAUAAUGUCCAAAGUAUGAACAUUGAAGCAGCUGUAAGCGCCGUAGAAUCUUCGGUUUAUGAUCGCAGUCCAAGUAAAGAGGACAGCACCAGUUCUAAGAAUGAACCAGAGCGAAGAGAAAGUGCCUAUCGCGCUCGUCUCCGCCAAUGGAAGGCCAUGCGAAGUGAAAGCGUAAAUCAAGAGCCAAAGGGAAAUCCCGAACAACUCACAGAAGAACGGGUAGGGUCGAAAUCCUACGAGGAUGUAAAACCAAGCGAGACCUUCAUGGACACACCUCUUACGCCGCAUCUCGCCAUGGUUGCCAUGGAAACUGAGAGCGUGGAGGAGAGAUACUUGGAUAAGAUCAACCGUGACCGUUCCUUGCUGGAGAGUAUCCUGACGGGCCAGUCGACGCCUGAGACGAUUCCCAAGGAGUUAUCACCGGCCCCAGCAGAUGAUACCCCGCCGGUUCUACAACGACCAGUAGGACUCAAAGCUUUGAAGCUGAAACGAUUGUCUUCUGAAGUCAUGAAUGGUUCUGAUGAUGAAGACCCCUGGUCCACUAUUGACCGACAACAGAUUGAGAUCCGCCGUAACAUCUUCGAUAUCAAGGUCGAGCAGCAUCGACGAAGUCAGUCUGACAUUUCCACCCCGAACAGUCCCGUCAAGGAGUACAAAGAGUUCCUAUCAACGUCACAAUCGGACGUAUUCAACAAUGAUGAUCUUUUUGUGGAGGAUUUAGAAACAGUGCAAGACAUCAACCAGAACGUUACAAAGUCUCCAGAUAUGUCUGAGGACAAAGCUCCGGCUUCGGAGGAUGAUGUAGAGAGGGGUAAGACCGUCAUCCCGAUAACUGGUACAGACAUCUAUGCUUUAAACAACAUUGGAUCCUCAAUUGUAGAAAAUGGAUCAGCAAGUGGAGAAAAUGGAUCGGAGUCAACGGUUCCAGAGAUCACUAGCCCUGCAAAAGAAGUGCCUCAGGUUGAAUCUUCAGGAGUGAAGAAGGAUUUAAAGGAAAACGUGAGCAAGACUGUUACUAAAGCCACUACUAGCUCGAACAAGAAGGUUACGAGCAGCAAGACAAGUCCUGUUGAGAGAAAAGCGGUGAAUAGUGUCAAUGGAAAGACGACGGGAUUGAAGAAAAACUUAACGAGCCCUUCCAACAGGACACCAAUUGCUAAUUCCAGUGCAGGAAAAUCAUCCCCAUUAUCGCGUAAUGGAUCAAUACGAUCGUCUGGCACGGCCAAAAACUUGUCGCCAUUACCAAGAAGUACUAUAUCAUCACGUAGUCCAACGUCGACUUCCCGCAGUGGUACUCCUACGACGACGAAGAGGAGCCCGAUGUCAGUCUCGCCGAGGUUACCUGUCGGGUCAAAAAUCAACGGUAUUGGUAACGGUGGAGGUAGCAGAGCAAGUAGUUAUGAUUCCCUGCACUCGUUUUCUUCUGAGCGAUGUGACUCUGCCGCUAGUGGCGCUUCCUCUGUCUCGAGCGUAAGCCAGUCAAAGAAACCAGUCAACAGUUCCAGGACGGCUUCGACAGUAACUCGCGGUGCGGCUGGAACAGCGAAAGCACCACUGGCAAGAUCAACGUCAAAUUCAACGUCAACUUCAUCAACGGGAACAAGGUCGAAUGGAUCCCCACGCACACUUCCGAGUGGUUCAACGCGGCGCAAUGCAACAACAAAACCUGCUGCUGCUGGUUCUGCAAAAACAGGAAAGACUUUUGUCCGUGGAACGCCUGAACGGACUACCAUUGCUGGUAGUGCGUUAAGGUCUUCCAAACCAAGUUUAAGUGCUGCAUCUUCGGUCAGAAGCUCACUUCGAGGAACUUCUGCUACCGAGAAAAUGUCUGCAACUUCCACCACCAAGUCUUCUUCUUCAUCAUUAUCUUCCUCGCCACGAAGUGUAUCGAAGGACACAGCCACCACGAAUAGUAGUUUCAGCAGAGCAGGCUCGGUCAGAAGACCAAAUGGGUCGAACAAGGCAGGAACGAAGAAACCAUACAUCUCCUCUCAUGCGACAUUAUCUGCAAGGAAGAGUGCAUCUGAGUCUUCUGCUAGUACGAAACAGACAUCCUCUCCAAGGACAAUUAGCUCAGUUCGCAAAAGCGAAUCUCCUAUAUCCAGGAAAAAAGCACCAAGCUCCGUGAGCACCAAAUCAGGUGCGUCACAAAGUACAACUCGUAGGGCUAUUAGCACUCCCGAGCCUGCGGAAGUCCUGGAAGUAGAUCCAGAGGCACAGAAUUCCAUUCCAGAAAGUGCAGUAGAGGCACUUCAAGCCAGGUUGUCUUCGAAUAACGAUGUGAAAAGUGAUGAUACUGCGAAUGAGGACAAAGAGGCAUCAGUAAAACUCAAACGUGAAGAUGCAGUUGAAAAGUUUCAAAGUCAAUUUGAGGACUUUCGGACGCUACCUCGAAGUUCCUCAGACCCUGACAUGCUCCGGAACGCUGAAUCAACACCAGACGUGACACUGCGCGACAAGUCUUCAAGCUCCACCUUUCGGCGCAACGGUCCCCAACGCUACUCACUGCCACCAACCUCCAAAAACAUUACACCAUCACCUACGGGUAAAAAGGGUGGAAAACCCGGCAAAUUCAGUCGGAUGAUGAACCGACUUAGCCUCAGUGGGUCUAAGAAGAGCGACAAACUCGAUUCCCGUAUUCUGGAAACCGCAGGAGAAAAUGCCGCCGAUGACUACGUCUUUGCUGCUUCGUCUUCCACGCCGAAGAAUAAGAAACUGUCAAGCGGCAACCCCUCAAAAGACAGAUUUUCGCGGAACAAAUCGGCGAGUUUACGCGUAAGCUCGAAAACUUCAAAAACUUCAAAAACGGCCACGUCUGUGGCAGCAGGUACCAAGGACUCAGACACCAGCAAAAGGCGUCUUUGGCGAUCAUCAUCCGUCAAAAGUAAAGACAAAUCUUCUGUCGCUAAAUCUUCAAGGAGGUGAAAUAACUCUAUACCGUUGGAGAGAACCUUAACGUUGAUGUAAACUAUUUCUUACAUUAAAGAAGGAAAAAAGACUACAAUACUUGCCAAUAAUAGAAAAUUAAUAAACAUGUAUCAGUUAUCAAAUUGCGUAAUUAUUUGUCAAAUGCGUGGAGUUUGCAAUUUCAUAUCGGAGAUUGUGUAAAUACAAAGAGGUCUAUAUAGACAAUGCGUGUCUUUUCGUGGUACAUGUAUUGAAAUGUUGACUAAGAUAUCGAAAGAAGAAAACGACAAUUUCUCAGGGAAAAUGAUCAAUCUGCAUGAGACAAAAUAAUAUGAGUGUCAGAUCCGAUUUGUUUUAAAUUUUUGAAGCCAUUUUACUUUCUGAAUGGUCUCAUUCAUUUCAUGAUUAAAAGGAACGCUUUUGCAAACUUCAUUUUUCUCAAAUCUAUAUUUACAGACAGCAUUGUAUAGAUAGACAUAAAUUUAGAAACACAGGGCAAGUUUAUUAUACGUUGUUUUAUUUUCAGCAUAUCACAAGUUUGGAACAAACCUUUCAUUUGGCAAAAUAAUAUUUACAUGUACCGUCAGCAUUAAUUGCGCAUUGUCUGGUGUAAGUAAAUAAAAUAAAAUGUCAAUUAUUUCUGUCGCUUCUUGAAUUAAACUCGUAUAUUUAGAUUUUGUUAUUACAAAUGUUUGUUCCUUUUCCCUAUCGAUGGCUACUCAUCAAAACGUCGCCAAUCCUCUGGUAAGAUCCCAUCAUAAACAGACUCAAUUGUAGAACACUGGUAUAUAACAUGGAAAUGGACUAUGAGACUGCUGAAACUGCUGAAUCUUUCACGAGCUGAAAGUGUCUGCGCGGUUUCGACGUUCAUACAAUAGUCUGCUUGGAGAUAUGACUAACUGUUUACAGGCACGCGCAAGGUGAUGCUAUAGUAAAAUGGAUCAUUUAAAGUCGUUUGAUGAUAUAAUAAGUUCUAUUCAACGGGAAAUAUUCUUUGCAUGUGUUUUACUUCUGAAUCCUUCUUCGGGAAGGUGUCUGAGCAGUAAAUAUCUGAUGAGGGAAUCCCAAUUGUAUAGUGUGGUACCUAAAAUUGUUAGGUAUAUGAAAUGUUACCUGAGGAAUGGAAUAUUUACCUUAAGGAAAGAAGCAUUGAAAUGAUAUUAAUCAGUAUAGCCUGUAAUUCAAUCUUAUUAAAACCGUAAUAUAUAUCUGUUCCUGUAUCUACUUUGUUCCCAUGCCUUGUAUACUCUUCAAUAUCUUGUAAAUUAAAAACGGAUUGAGACGAAAAAUAUUUUGGUAAGCUAUUAACCCUUUUACAAAUUGAAAAAGAAUAUUUUUUAAAUACUUGAUAACGUGCGAUGUAUCAAAAGUGCCUUGUAAAUUGUGUAAAUGCCUUUAUUGUUUUAUGAUGCGAUAUUUAUGGAGCAAGACAUACAAUAACACGCAAUAAAUAUCGUUUAUAUUUCUAUUUGGCUAGGUGAUUGGAUGGUAUUGGAUCAAUAAAACUAAUCGAACUAGAAUAGGAAAAUAGAAUAGGCUGCCACUACCCUGGCAGCAUCAUUGGACACGCGUUUCAACCAAGUUGACGCAAUUUCGGUAGUUUUUUUUAGCCAUUUUAAUUCCUCAUUUGUGUAUUGUUGUUUACAUAUCCUUUGACUAUAUAGAUGUACAGUUUCUGGCAAUUUAUUUUUUCCUUAUUAACGUAUUAUUAUUCGGCUGAUGUAAAUAUUGCAAAAUCUGAAUAUUUUGUUCUCAGUUUUCCUCAGUUUUCAGUUGCGCAUAAUUAUGAUGGUUUCAUGCUUAAGUUACAUGUAAGUACAAAACCGAUGAAAGCAGUUGAUAUCAUUUCCAUGAUGAUAAUGUUAUGAUAAUCAUGAUCGCAAUUGUUAUAUAAUGCUUCCAUUUGUGUGGACGGGGUUGUGAUUGCCCAUAGACUAUUGUAUGAGAUCGAUUACUAGUAGUGUAUUCUUAACUUCCACAACCACAAGCGCUAUGAUGAUACAAUUAUUCUCGAUUUUUAUUGGAAAGCCUUUAGUUUUGAAAAGUUUUCUCAAGAAUUCAGUCUAAUGUGUUUAGAAAAUCAAAUCAUUCAAUGUAUUCAGUAUAUAUAUAUCAUAGAAUAUUUUGAGUUGACUUAAAACAGUACUUACUCUAUCCUACUAAGAAUUCUUAAAAGGAGACUUCAUUGCAUGUUAACAGUGGAGUUUUCUCAAAAAUAUGUAAUGAAUAACGUACCCUUUGCAUUUGCAUGCGACUAUAUAAUUAUGUUCUUAUGUCAUUUUUUAAAUUGGACUUAAAAAGCUAUCUUUUGAUACGAAUAAAAUAAUCUAAAUUAUUUUGUUAUGACAUGAAAGGUAAAUGAAAUGUAUUCUGACAUAAGUGGAAUGUACAACUGGUGUUUGAAAUAGCAAACUAUUUGUUUUUUACGAGCAUAAACAGACAAAAUUGUAGGUGUCCGAGGAAAAUCUCGCAUGGCAGGGAUGGCAUUGACUUAGAUGAUGGCAUUUUUGUCUUCAACUCAAACCAGUUUGUUUUGGUAUUUUAUUCAAUUAUCGAUUUAUUUACGUUCUCUUUUCAUUUGUAAAUAGGAAGAAAAUAACUCCAUUUUUUGUAAUUGUAAUUAAAAGACAUUUAUUUAGUAUUUAUAUAUGCUAUAUCCAUGAUUUAACCGCUUUUUAUUGACACAAUAAAAAAAAGACUACUACACGUA